AUGGUUCGCUCUGCCUUUUUGGUUGCCGUCUUAGCGGGUCUGGCUUCGGCCAGCCCUGUCGCUUCCGACAACCGCGCGACUCCUUGCAACGACAUUGAAAGCUGUGACUUUGACCAGCAGUGCGUCCAAGGUACUUGCCAGGUUGGCAAUCCAUCCCAAUCUGGCAACGCAGCCCGGGAUGUUACUCCGCAGUCUGCUCUUAUCUGCACCCCAGAGAUAUGCCUCACUGCCACCAACUACAUCUACAACUCGGACCUUGCUGUUCUGGGUACAUACUAUUCUCCUUAUGUUGGCGUCGGCGUUGGCGGUGCCUGGAUUGAAAGCUGGACCAUCGAAGGCGUGGCAGGCGUUGUGGUGAACCCGCUGCUGGGUGCCGGAGGUGUCGGCUGGAGGACGAAUGAAGUCGCGGUGCGCGCGUACUGGGCUGAUGGCGGUUUCUCAUACAUUCUGGAGGACCUUCCGGUUGGCAGGUCUGUUACUGUUCAGUUCAUGGUGAGAGACUCACAGGGUACAUAUGUGUGCACUCAGCCGAGCGUGUAUGUCCUGUACCUCGAGGUCGACAACUACCCAAAGCAGACAUUCCGUGUGACCCCCCAUGGGGGCAAGAAGCGCCAGUCCUUCCGCUUCAUUGCUACGGAUAGCAUAAUGAAGAUAAGGUUCUCGGCUGAGAAAGAUGCCUAUGAUGGCUGUGGACCAUUCUUCACCAACGUUCAGGCCAUUGCUUAG